GCGGUGGUGUGCAUCGGUGGCGAUGGUACCUUCGCCGAGGCGUUCAACGGAUUGAUUAUGAGGGCAGCGAAGGAUCAGCAGAUCGAUCCCAACGACCCUGACGCCAGGCUGCCUAGUCCCGCCUUACCCGUUGGCGUUAUACCCAGCGGUAGCACCGACACGGUCGCCUACAGUCUGCAUGGCACCACCGACGUGCAGACCGCCGCUAUACAUAUCAUCUUCGGCGACUCGAUUGGUUUAGACAUCUCGUCGGUCCACAGCAAUCGCACCUUACUCAGGCUUUAUGCCAGCGUGUUCAGCUACGGUUAUCUGGGCGACGUGAUCCGCGACAGCGAAAAGUUUCGCUGGAUGGGACCCUGUAGAUACGACUGGUCAGGAUUUAAAAAGAUAAUAGCAAACAAGGGUUACGAGGGUGAGAUCGAGCUGCUGUCGGACCCGUGUCACCCAGCAGGCAGCACCAGGUGCAUGAAGAAUUGUUUACGCUGCCUGCAACACAUGCACAAUAGCAUCCCCGACCAGGAAAUCUCCAGGUGGGUGACGGUCAGAGGAAAGUUCUUCAUGGUGUUUGGCGCGAACGUGUCGUGCGCGUGCUCGAGGUGUCCUAUGGGCUUCAGUCCUCACUGCCACGUAGGUGACGGCUGCGUGGACGUGAUCCUGAUACGACAUACAUCCUUAAUAAACAAUGUCAGAUUAUUGCUCAGGCUGUCCAGCAAACGGAAAACUGUGUACGAGCUACCAUUCGCCGAGGUCUACCGGGCGAGAGAAUUCACAUUCCGCGCCCUGCCGACGCUGCAAUUCGAGAACGAGCCGAACACGACCCGCUCGAACUCACGGCUCAGCGUGUGGAAUUGCGACGGCGAGAUGGUCGACAGCACCAACGUGAAAAUCAGGUGAGUAAAUAACAAGGCGAUAGCGAUCGCGUGCGUUAUCGGUAUCAAGCAGCUGUCCGCGUCGC